AUGUAUUCAGACGACCCAAGAUGUACCGAACUCGCGUAUCCCGACCUGGUCAACUUUGGCGUCUCCGUCUUCAUAGUCCUCGGAAUACUCGUAUCCUACCUUCCACAGCACUACAAGAUCAUAUCGCGUCGAUCAUCGCGUGGUCUGAGCCCCAUGUUCGUCCUUUUAGGGACUGUGUCGGGAACCGCUAGCAUCGCGAAUAUCUUGACCCUGCCGGAAAGCACAAGGGAUAUGGGAUGCUUACAGAUCGGGGUGCAGUGGAGUUGUUUCUUCUUCAUCAUGCUACUCUUCCUCAUCUUCUUCCCCCGAGGCAGUUCACCAGCUAUAGAAGAAGAACAAGAUACCGACAUGCCCACAUGGAAAGAGGCCGUCCUCGUCCUAGGUGUUUCGCUCGCCUUCUUCGUCGUCGCAUUCAUCGGCUCCGUCGUUUUCGUAUACGCGCUCCCUUCACACGUUCGCGGAUGGGCAAACUUCCUCGGCUUGCUUGCUACCGUCCUUGCCGCUAUACAAUACAUACCACAGAUCCUCAUGACUUGGAGACUACAGGAAACCGGAAGUCUAUCCAUCCCUAUGAUGUGCAUUCAGACACCGGGGAGCUUCGUCUUUGCCGCAAGUCUAUAUGCGAGGCUAGGACCUGGAGGCUGGAGUGCUUGGGGCUUGUUCAUCUUUACGGGCAUCCUCCAGGGUUUCCUACUCGCUAUGGGUUUGUCUUUCGUUCUGAGAGAUAGAAAGAAGCAGAGAGACCAGCAGCUUGCUGAUGCCGAUGGGAGCGGCGUUGCUGGUGAUAGCGAGCGAGCGCCAUUGCUGCAUGGUGAAAGAUGA